AUGAGCACUUCUGAAAAUGAGACCGACAACAAUGCCGUGCCGGCCAUGGCGCAGGGCCAGAACGGACAGAGUCCAGCCAUCACCAACGGCCUCCAGAACGGAAUCGCCCCCGAAAAGCCAAUGGUUGAGCCCGUGGCUAUCUGCGGCAUGGGCAUGAGGCUCCCCGGCGGCAUCAAAGACGCCGCAGGAUUCUGGGACAUGCUCUACAACGGGCGCAGCGGCCGCUGCGAGGUGCCCAAGGACCGCUACAACGCCGACGCCUGGUGCGGGCCCGGCAAGCUCGGCCACACGCCCAGCAAGUACGGCUACUUCCUCGACGGCAUCGACCUGGGCAACACGGACUCGUCCUUCUGGUCAAUGACGAAGGAAGAAAUUGAGGCCAUGGAUCCCCAGCAGAGGCUGACCCUGGAAGUCGUCUACGAAUGCCUGCAGAGUGCCGGACAGAAGCCCAGCGAGCUUCGGGGCCGCAAGGUCGGCGUGUACGUGGGCACUUUUGAGGGCGACUGGAUGGAGCUGGAUGGCCGCGACACCCAGCACUAUCAUAUGUACCGCCUCACGGGGUAUGGUGACUACAUGUCUGCUAACCGUAUCCACUACGAAUUUGGAUUCAUGGGUCCCAGUGUGACAAUCAGGACCGCGUGCUCCUCCUCACUCACCGCCCUCCACGACGCCUGCCAGGCCAUAUACUCCGGCGAGUGCGAGUCCGCCGUCGUGGCCUGUGCCAACAUCAUCUACUCCCCGCGGACGACCUUCACCAUGCAAGAGCAGGGGGUCCUCUCGCCCGGCGCGCUCUGCCGGACCUUCGACGCAGACGCAGACGGCUACGCCCGCGGCGAGGCCGUGUCCGCCGUCUACGUGAAGAAGCUGAGCGAUUCCCUCAGGGACGGGGACCCGGUGCGGUCUGUCAUCCGGUCGACGUGCGUCAAUGCCGGCGGCAGGUCUUCCACCCUCACCGCACCCAACACGGCCGCCCACGAGGCUUUGAUUAGGCGCGGCCAUGAGCUCGCUGGGAUCUCGGACCUCUCCAGGACUGCCAUGGUGGAGUGUCAUGGUACUGGUACAGCGGUCGGCGACCCCAUCGAGGCACUUGCGGUGGCCAAUGUCUUUGGCGACAACGGCGUAUACAUAGGAUCGGUAACUUACAAACUCCCAACGCUCUCUGAGGGCGCCUCAGGGCUGUCGAGUCUGUUAAAGAUGUCCUUGGCACUGGAAAAUGAGACCAUUCCGCCGAAUCUGAAUUUCAAAACGCCAAACCCCAGGAUCCCCUUUGAAGAACGCAAGCUCACGGUCCCCACCGAAGCUCUACCCUGGCCGGAGGACCGUGACCACGUCGUCGCAGUGAACAGCUUCGGGAUUGGAGGUUCAAACGCCCACGUGGUGCUCUCAUCUGCGGCAUCAUUCGGUGUCGAGAAAAAGCCACCCCAGAACUCGGACGUCCCUUACCACAAGAUUAGGCCUCAACUUCUAUUAUUUUCAGCGAAGCACCCAAAGGCGUUGAAGAAGACGGUUGAAGAUCAUCAGUCCUAUCACCUCUCUAAUCCGUCGCGCCUUUCGGACAUGAGCUACUCAUUGGGAUCAAAGCGGGAAGCAUUGACCCAGCGAGCUUUCGUCGUCACAGAUGGAGCUGGGGACUGGAGCCCUAUGUACUCAUCACGGCCUCUUCCACGCGAGCCUCCCAAGACAGUCUUUGUAUUUGGAGGCCAGGGAGCCCAGUGGGCUGAGAUGGGCAAGGAACUAAUCUUGAAUGUCCCCGAAUUCCGGGAUAGUCUUCAAGCCAUGGAUGAUUUCUUGCAUGGGCUUCCAGAUGGACCAACGUGGAGUUUAAUCGGUGAGAUGUUGGCCGGCAAGAAGACUAGUCGCGUCAACCAGGCAGAGCUGUCACAGCCCUGCAGCACGGCCAUCCAGGUGGCGCUCGUCCAGCUCCUCGAGCAAUACGGCGUACGGCCCGACAUGGUCGUCGGGCACUCGAGCGGCGAGAUCGCCGCGGCAUACUCGUGCGGCUCCAUCUCGGCAGAUGACGCGAUCGCGGUGGCCUACUACCGCGGAAAAGUCAUGCUGGAAGAAGCCGGGAACACCAAGACAACGUCGGGCCGCAUGGCUGCGAUCGGCCUUGGGCCGGACCAGGUCCGGCCGUACCUGGCUGAGGGGGUGUUGGUCGGCUGUGAGAACAGUCCCGAGAGCACGACAAUCACUGGCGACCAGGAGGCUGUCGAGCGAGCCAUGCAGAGGAUCAAGGAUGCGAACCCGGAUGUGUUCGUUCGUGCUCUUCGGGUUGACAGGGCUUACCACUCGCAUCAUAUGAAGGAACUAGCAUCGCAAUAUUUGCACCUCAUGCCGGACGUCAGCACGCCGAAGGACCCGCGAGUGUCAUUCUAUUCCAGCGUAACCUGUCAAAAAAUAUCCCAUGGCGCCGAGCUCGGCACGCAGUAUUGGGUUGAUAACCUCACCUCGCCCGUACGGUUCUCCACUGCCGUCGACAAGAUCCUUCUCGAGCCAGGACGCAAGACUUUUGUCGAGAUAGGGCCACACUCGUCCCUGGCCGGUCCCGUACGUCAGAUCUUCAAAGCUGCCAACGCAGCGAACGCCGAGUACACAAGCGUCUUGACACGGGGCCAAGACUCCCACGCCAGCCUUCUCAGAGCCCUGGGGGAGCUCUGGUCGUUGAACCACGGUCUGGACCUCGGCGCCAUCUUCGGCACUGACGGUACCUUCCUGACCGACCUGCCUCUGUACCCGUGGCACUAUGAGGAGACCCUCUGGAACGAGAGCCGCCUGGCGCGCGAGUGGCGCCUCCGCGAGUUCCCGCACCACGACAUCCUGGGCUCGCGGGUCCUGGAGAGCACCGACCACGCCCCCAGCUGGCGGAACCUGCUCCGCCUGGACGUCGUGCCCUGGAUCAAGGACCACGAGAUAUCCGGGGACAUCGUCUUCCCGGGCGUCGGCUACAUCGCCAUGGCUGGCGAGGCGGUCCGGCAGCUCACGGGCGCCGGCGACUUCACGGCGCGGCGGGUGCAUAUCAAGGCGGCCAUGAUCCUGACACAGGACGCGGCGGCCCUCGAGGUGGUCACCCAGAUGCACAAGAUACCGCUGACGAGCUCGUCUGAGUCGGAAUGGUACAGUUUCAGCAUAUCCAGCCACCAGAACGGCGGCUGGCUGAAGCACGCGUCGGGCGAGGUCCGCGCAGGCCCAGGGCCGGAGCGGGGGCUUACCGUGCCUCCAGACAUCGCCCCUCUCCCUCGCAUCGCAUCGGCCAAGGCUUGGUAUCGGAAAUUCCGGUCGAUAGGUAUCGAAUAUGGACCGCGGUUCAUCGGCCUCAGGGACAUCACUGCUGGUACCCAGGAGCCCCAGCUUGUCGCAAGCGUGACCAACGAUGUCCGCGACGGGGAGUCGCCGUACGCGAUACACCCCGCCACGCUCGAUUGUGUCCUGCAGGCCGUGGCACCGGCCGUGAGCCACGGACUCACGCGGCGGAUGGGAGCCGUUGGGAUCCCGUCGUACAUCGAGGAGAUGUACGUCCGCCCGCCGGCAUCGCCUGAGAUGACUAUGCGUAUCACAGCAUCAGAGUCUCCGAGGAACGCGUACAUUGGCGACGCGGUAGCUGUCUCGAACGGCGAGUUGGUCGUACGGGUGGAAGGAGUGCAGAUGUCGUUCAUCGGGGACUCUGGCAACGAUGAUGAGGAAGACUUACACGCUGCUGUCGAGCUCGAGUGGAAGGAGGAUAUCAACCUCAUGGAUCCUACACCCUUGAUACGCCAGGCCAAAGACAGGCGAGAGGUUCAUGCUAUUCUGGACCGGUUCUCAGCGAUAUGCAUGCUUGACACAGGCCAUCUUCUUGCGGGGGUUAUUCCAACCCGAGGCCAUCUUGACAAAUAUCGCGACUGGCUGAAAAGUGUCGCAGCCGAAAUUACGGCCGGAAAAUACUUGUCGCCGGAAGAAGACGAGAGAGUAGCCAGAAUGGACUCGGAAGCUCGUGAGAACACCAUCGCCUCACUACACGCCCAGCUCAUGCAAACAGAGGCACACGCCGCAGCCGAGGCGAUCCACAGGAUCACAAAGGACUGCGUCUCCAUCUUCGACGGCACCACCGACGUCCUGGCCCUCCUGCUGGAAGGGAACGUGCUGCACGACCUCUACGACUUCAUGCAGAACUCGGACUACACCACCUUCCUCGACCUUGAGGCCCACCGGAAGCCCAACCUCAGGGUCCUGGAGAUAGGCGCCGGCACCGGCGGCACCACGGCGACCGUCCUGCCCGCCCUCCAGUCCGCCUAUGGCGAGCGCAUGUACUCCUCGUACACGUACACCGACGUGUCUGCGGGCUUCUUCCCUGCGGCCAGGGAGCGGUUCAAGGGCUAUGCAGCUGUUGAGUACGCGGUCCUUGAUAUUUCCAAGGACCCGUUGGAGCAGGACUUCGAGCCGGAGAGCUUCGACUUUAUUGUUGCUUGUAAUGUUCUCCAUGCCACGCCCGUCAUCAACGAAACUCUGUCGCAUGUCCGCAAGCUAUUGCACCCCCGUGGCAAGCUCUUCUUGCAGGAGCUGUCUCCCAAGACCAAAUGGAUCAACAUGGUCAUGGGCGUCCUCCCAGGGUGGUGGCUCGGAGCAGACGACGGGCGCCUCAUAGAGCCAUACAUCAGCAGCGAGCGCUGGGACGCAGAGCUCCGCCGGGCCGGGUUCGCGGGCGCAGGGACGGUCGCGUACGACGGCUACCUGAACAACAACAUCAUCGCCGCACCGGCCGAGGCUGUCGAGGUCCACAAGCGUGUGACGCUGCUGCACCUCGGCGACAGCCCCAAGGGGCAGGCCCUCGAGAACCUCACCGCCGAGCUCCAGACCGCCGGGUUCGCUGUUGAUUCUCGCCCGUUCGGCAAGAGCUCUGACGUCCUGCCGCCCAGUCAGGAUAUCAUCGCGGCACUCGACAUCACUCGGCCAUUUUUCCACGACCUCACGGAGGAGCAGCUCGCGCAGUUCCAAGAACUGCUCAGACAGGCAAGCAGCAAACAGUGCGGUAUCCUCUGGGCCACGGGCGCGAGCCAAGUAGGCUGUGCCGACCCGCGCCACGCUCCUGCGAUCGGCACAGCGCGCGUGCUGCGCAACGAGACGGACAUCGACUUUGCGACGCUGGAGUUGGAGGACUUCUCUCCGGGCGCGCUCUCGUUAGUACCGGGCGUCCUGGCCGAGUUCCAAAAGCGCCGCUCGUCUGGAGAGGAGCCUGUGAGCCCCGAGGCUGAGUGGGCUGUGGCCGGUGGCAAGGUGCUCACUGGCCGGUACCAUUUUGUCAGGGUCCCGGGGGAGCUCAAGGCUUGUGUGUCUGAAGGGCAGGAUAGGGGCUCUCUGGGGGUGUUCAAAAAGCUGGAGCAGCACCGAGCCGGUCUGGCCAGCACUUUAUUUUGGAAGGAGAUGCCGGAACCGAGCUUGGGUGCUGGUAUGGUGAGGGUGAAGGUUAUGGCUGUCGGGAUGAACUUCAAGGACGUGCUUAUCUCGGUGGGAGUUGUCGCCGAGCCGUCCGCCAUAGGAAGAGGCCUGGGCUGCGAAUGCAGUGGUGUCAUCACGCAUGUAGGACCCGGUGUUUCCAAGCACCGCGUGGGCGACCGCGUGGUUGUGUGCUCCAGCGGAUCAUUCACCACAAGUAUGGACGUUUCGGAGCACCUUUGCGUCACCGCUCCGGACACCAUGACGUUCGAGCAAGCAGCAAGCAUGCCGGUGGUGUACAGCACGGCCAUAUACUGUCUACUUGAUGCUGCAAGGCUAUCUGAAGGGAUGUCCGUUCUAAUUCAUUCGGCGGCUGGUGGCGUGGGAAUCGCAGCAAUUCAAAUUGCUCAGAUGGUUGGUGCCGAGAUCUACUGCACGGUUGGCACCCAGGAGAAAAUCGACUUCCUCACGGCCAACUUUGGAAUCCCGCGCCACAGAAUUUUCAAUUCGCGCGAUGCCAGCUUCUUUUCCGGCGUCAAACAGGCAACAGGAGGCAGAGGCGUCGACGUCGUUCUCAAUGCCCUAUCUGGCGAGCUUCUACACGCGUCGUGGAACUGUGUCGCCGAGUGCGGCACGUUCGUCGAGAUCGGACGCCGCGACUUCGUGGGCCAGGGGAAGCUGGCGAUGGAGGGAUUCCUGUCGAACCGGGCGUUCGUGGGCUUUGACCUGUCGCAUCUCGGCGAGGAGCGGCCGCUUGUGACGAAAAGCCUCCUGCGUCGCGCCGUCGAGUUCUAUCAACAGGGCUACAUCAAGCCGAUUCACCCCAUGAAGACGUUCAGUGCCUGCACAAUCUCAGACCCAAUCCGGACCAUGCAGAAAGGAGACCACAUAGGGAAGUUGGUUGUGAGCAUGCCGCAUGACCCCGCGGAACUCCCUUCGGAGACAGGGAAUGAUGAUUUGUGUCUUCGAGGCGAUGGCGCGUACCUCUUCGUGGGUGGACUCGGCGGGCUCGGUCGCUCCAUCACUACUUGGCUGGUUGAGAAAGGCGCAAGACAUCUGGUGUUCUUUUCACGCUCGGCCGGGAAUUCAGUUGAUGACGAUCCAUUUGUCCAGGAACUCCAGAGUCUGGGUUGCACAGUCGCCAGAGUGUCUGGAGACGUGACUAUUUACGAAGACGUGGUGCGCGCCAUCAAAGCGGCGGGCAAGCCUAUCGUCGGCGUUUUGCAAGCAUCGAUGGUUUUGCAGGACUCAAGCCUCGACGACAUGUCCUGGGCCCAAUGGACGGCGGCAUCCCGGCCCAAGAUCCAGGGGACGUGGAACCUGCAUAACGCCCUCCUCCACGAGCAGGCCGACCAGCCGGUCGACCAUUUCCUCCUCUUCAGUUCUCUCGGCGCGAUGACGGGCCAGUGGGGCCAGGCAAACUACAACGCCGGCAACACCUUCCUGGACGCCUUCGUCUCGUACCGCCACUCUCUCGGCCUGGCAGCAAGCGUUGUCAACAUCGGCGUCGUCGGAGACGUCGGCUACGUGAGCGAGAACCCCUCCGUGCUGGACUCCCUGAGGGCCACAGGGCAGUAUAUCAUGAGGGAGCCGGAGCUGCUGGACUGCCUGGAGCUCAUGCUCAGGCGUUCGAGGCCAGCUUCGUCAGACGCCACGGCAGUACGACGAGACAACAGCAAGAAACAGGUAUCGUUGAAUCCCGGGACCUUCCGCCACGUCCAGCAAUCGCAGCUCGGGACCGGCCUGCGCUCGCUGCUGCCCAUCACCUCGCCCAACAACCGCACACCGUGGCGCAAGGACCCGCGCAUGCUCGUCUACCGAAACAUCGAGCAAGGCGCAGGGGCCGACGCCACCGCCCCGGGGGACUCGGCCUCCGGGGAGGAGCUGAGCAGGUUCCUCCGCGACAUCGCGUCCGACAUGGCACUACUUAAGUCCGGGGAGGCGGCGGCCCUGCUCGCGCGCGAGGUCGGCAGGACGCUGCUGGGGUUCAUGAUGCGGGCCGAGGGGGAGCUGGACCUCGACGCGCCGCUGGGGGCCGUCGGCAUCGACUCGCUGGUCAGCAUCGAGCUGAAGAACUGGAUACGGAGGAGGAUCGGGGCCGAGGUGACGGUGCUGGAGAUCGUGCGCGCCGAGAGCCUGGCCCGGCUGGGCGAGACGGUUCAGGGGAAGUUGGUUGAGAAGUUUCAGGCGAGACGAUGA